CAUCUAAUGUGAACUUCAGUAUGUACAAGAGUUAUAAGAAACAAUUUUGAUAUAGACGUUGUACAUACUACAAAAAGCAGUUCAAGAUUAGAGAAUUUAUCGAUAUCGAUAGUUUAUUGUGGCAACUGGCAAGUCAAUCCACAAUAAAUUCAACUGCCAAAGUGCAUCUCUAGUAAUGUCUUGAAUGGAUUGUGGGAAAGUCAGUGUUUUGGAAAAAACAAAUUAAAAAGUGGGCGAUUUGUUACAAGUUUUGUGGAAUUGAAAACCUUUUUGAUUGUUUUACUAAUAGUUAGUUAAUAAAAAAUAUUAUGCAUAGUUCGCAACAAUAAAAAUGCAUUUUUCUAUUCCUGAUUUGCAACAAUUUCACGACGACAAUGGAAUCUCUUACACGGGCUACAACAUACAUAUUGAUGGAGUCUUCCACUGCACAGCUAGAUAUAAACAGCUGCUCAGCCUACAUGAGCAGCUACAGGCUCAAAAUCCCUAUGUCAAACUGCCACAGUUUCCACCUAAAAAGUUAUUUCUUACCAACUCCCAGCUCGAAGAAAGGAGGGUCUUAUUGGAAAAGUAUAUGCAACUAGUUGGCCAAAAUCCAUUGUUCACAUCAUCAGAUCUUCUGGUAACAUUCCUGUUCUCUGCUCAACAAGAAACACAUGGUGUAAAGAUGCAUGAAGUGGAGAUUGAAAUAUCACUGAUGAAUGGUUACAGAAUACCAUUGUCAGUCUCAUCUACUGAUUCAUCAAACACAAUAUUAGAUAUUGUAUGCACCCAACUGAACCUGCCAAAGGAGUUGGUAAAAUAUUUUUCCUUAUAUCUUUUUAAUUGGAGCUGUGCCAAAGGUGGACAACCAGCAUUAAAAAAAUUGGAAGAAUAUGAAUCUCCUUACAUAUCUCAAAAGUAUGUCAGGCCAGAAGAUAAAAUUGUUUUAAGGAAAAGCUACUGGGAUCCUUGCUAUGAUGUCGAUUUAAUGAUAGACAGGGUGUCUUUGGAUCUAUUGUACCUGCAAACUAUAGAAGACUUGGACUUGGGAUGGAUAACGGCUGACCCACAAAUUAGAGACAUGCUGUCCUCAUACAAAUCAAAGAAACAAAAGAGAGAGUAUGUAGAACUAGCAAAGACGUUGCGCCAUUACGGGAGGGUACCGGCAGGGGAGGCGGUGACGGAGCUGAGUAACGUAACAGACGGGGCUCCGGAAGGCACGUGUCGUGUUCGCGUGUCGCUGGCUUCGAAGGAGCUCACGCUGCUCAGCCUCACGCCUCCAGGAAGGGAACAGCGGUACAAGGUUACUAGGAUGCGAUGUUGGAGGAUCACUACUUUGCAUACUAUUGAAAGGUCGCCAGCUCAGAAUGGUCACGGUGCCCUUCUAGAGGAUUCUAACAGGAAUUUUGAGUUGUCAUUUGAAUAUCUCCUUAGUAAGGACAACUUGAAGUGGAUUACGCUGAGGACAGAACACGCGACGUUCAUUAGUGUCUGUUUACAGUCAAUCGUAGAUGAGUUGAUGCGCCAGAAAGCGGGGGAGGGCCCAGCGUCACCGCGGUGCAAUAAGCGAGGCAGCCUGACGUACUUGCGACGCGACGGCUCCAGUCAAGUCAUCACACCAUCUUCCUCCAGUGAUACGCUCAGCUCUACUAACGGAGACUCCGGUACCUCCGGUAGUUCGAGAGAGAUAUUUUCUGUGCAGAAGUUGACAGAGAAGUUCGCGACGGUCUCCUUCAAGCCCGGCAGAGAGUGCGUCGAGAACAACGCGUUCGAAGCCAUAGGAGACGAGGAACUGUAAGGGCUACACCACACUCGAAUUUAAAUACAAUAAUGUUUUCCAAAGAAAAUUUAUCACUCGGAAACAAAGUUGCCAAUAAUUAUGUAUAGAGAAAAUUGUAAAAAUUGUAUACAUAUUUGCAUUUUUUCGUAUUUUGUACAGAAUAUUUUUUUAUCUAAUUGUCUUUUUAGAUAGUUUAUACAUUUUACCUAACUAUUAUCGACUAUGUAGUAAGUACUUGGCUAUGAACACUGUAUAUCAAAUUGUACGUCAUAUCAAUAUUAUUGAACAGUCUACAUACUUGCCAUAUUAUGUAAGUGUAUUUUCUAGUUACUAAGUAACAUUGUUUUUAUAUUUUUUAAUGUUUUGCUCAUGAUUUCAAUAAUCGUUUAUUGUGUUUUUAUGAUAAGUAAAAUCAUCGUUACUAUCGGUUUUCGGAUAUAAAAAAAAUUGAGACCGACCGGGAAAAUGGCAGUCCGUCCGACAGGUGACUCGCAGAAAGACAAAAACUAUAAACUCAUAGAAAUUAAACAUUUAUAUCAUGAAAUAAAAUAAUAAAAAUAUUUAUUAUCCCGUCAUCAACUCGAAAAAUAAACUGAUUUUAAUAUAAUUCCUAUUCAAAAGACUAUAAAUAUAAGCUUGUUGUUUUAACAAGUUCGACAUUCUUAAUACUGAGUAGUGGAGAUAUUUGAAUGCAUGUGUAAUUAUUAGUCGGAUAUCUACAGGUUUUCCAAUAGUAGUACCCUGUAUUAUCGGUAGUGAAUUAUGGUCAUUAAUCCGUAAUCGUAUGCAUGUACUUUAUAGAAUAAUUCAAGAUCUCGCCCGAUUUUAUAUUACAAUAUUUUUAUUACGUUAUCCAAUCUGAACCAAUAUAAUAAUUACAAUGAAUAUACCAGAGUAGAAUAGUUCUUAGAGAAUUUAGUGAUACAAUACAUAAGUAAUCAGAUUAAAUGUAACAAAUACACAAUUAUAUCGAAAUAAAUCAUAAAUCUUUGUUGUAAUAGAUGUUCUCUUGUUCAUAGCAUACAUUAGACUUAAACUUUAGAAUCUGUGAAUAUUACAAUGCAUUUUUAUUAACUUCUCUGUGUACAAGACUACAAGGUCGUUUUUACAAUGGCUCUACUGCUUUUCUAAAUGUCUAUUUAAAUAAUGUUGUAGUAGAAAUACAUAAUGGAAGUGUACAGAACUUAAUAGAAAUUGAAUCUUUAUUCUUUUGAAUUAUCGGCUAUGCAGAAGAAUAAUGGAUGUAAAUGUUACCUUUACUCUAGCUCUCUUCCGUUUAUAGUUCACCCAAUAAUGUCCUCUAAAGUAAUUGUACUGUUUGUUGUGGUAAUUUGGAGUGUUGAGAUUGAAUAAGGUUUUCGUCAGACUAUACUAAUGUAUGCUAACAUCAAACUAUGAAUGCAAUUAUAAAUGUAAUGAAUGAACUAAAAAAAGAAUGGACCCAUCACUGGACCUUGAGGAACUAAGUUAUUUCUUUGAAUUCCAUUCAUAGUUUUAUUAUUCCAAUUUCGAGAUUAUUAAUACUUUCUUUGGCUGGUUCCAAUGGCAUUUUCUUAUAGUAUCAAUUUUUGUUGAACUUUGAAUUAAGUAAAUCAAUGGCAAUAACUUUGUAAUAAUUAUUAUUUGCGGUCACAUUUUGUUUUAUAUCAAUAAGUUUUAGUUAUUUAGUGUACAUGCGGUUGUCUAAAUCCAUAUCAUGUCUUCAUUUUUUUUAAAUAGGUCCUUGAUAUUUUUUAUUAUUAAAGAUUUAAUUGGAAUGAAAUCUCACUUGUUACAUGGUAAAACUACACUAUUGUAUGCUCUUUAAUGAUCUUUAUUUAUUUAUUAUGGAUCAUAGUGUUUAUGAUUCAAUUUUAUGGCAAAAAAGCAAUUUGUCGAUGAAGUACCAAUACAUACCAACUAACAAUUUAGUCCAAAAUUACUUUUUUAUUACAAUUGAUAUAAAACUCAUAUUUGCACAGAUUAAAUUCACUCCUGUCUAAAAUUUCUUUCGGAACUGCGGACUGCCUAACUUAAGGCUCCGGCUCAAAAAGCAGGAGAAGGAACAGGGUGUGUUUGUCAGUAAGUUCGACUCUCCCUCUUUAAAAUGCCACGCCCACGGUGAGUCAUCCAAUGACUUCUCCCGCCCAGGACGAGGCGAUUUUCCUCAGGCAAAAAUAUAUACAUAUAAUCAAAAAUUUUUUGGAGCUAUGUGACAAUAUCUACUACGUGACAGAAGUCAUUCGUUCAUAAUAUAUGUAGUUUUUCAUUUGAUGUACAAUUUUAUUCUCAACACAUUAGUUAUUGGUAUUUCAUCAAUGAUGUUUAUUUUUUAUCUAAUUUUAAUUAAGUACUGUGAAGUGUGUUAUGAUCAAAAUUAUCUUCUUUUAUAUUACUAACAGUAAUUUAAUAGAACUGCUGCCAACUGUUGAUAUGAGAAAGUGGAAUUUAAUUGUUGUUAUAAAAUGUUAUUUUAAAAGGGACCAUAUAUUUAUGUACCUAAUAUAUUAUUAUAUUGUAAUUGUAAUUUUAAAUAAUCUUUCUAAGUGGCCAUAAUAUAUUUUGUUGCCAUACUUUCGUUUUUUUUUCUUGAAAUUAUUCUAUUAUAUUCUUCAAAUUCUGUAUUUUAUUUUGUACUUUGUAAAAAUAAAAUUGUUUUUAUAA